GCUGAAGGACGGCUCAGUCUGGAGAAGCUCACGCCCGGACGGGGUGGAGACAGCCCAAGGGGCGCCAGACCCGAUCUUGGAGGAAAGUCCGAGUUUUCGAAAUGGGCUGGGAUGAAGGAGUGAGCCCGCCUAGUGCCACCGUGUCUCUUGAGCGGGAGCGGGGUAUAUGAGUGGGGUUCGGGACCCAAGUCCGUGUUUGUGACUACAGGCCUUUUGGUAUUGUUACUGUAGUCCCCCAACGCAGGGGCCCGGUCGCCCCGCGGGCCAGGGGAGAACGGCGCAACGUCAGUCCACCCGGGGUGCGUUCGCAUCAUCAUCCUGCUCUGGCUCCUCUUCUCUCCAGACCAGACCAGCUCCUCCCAGGCCUGGAUCUGCACCCUCUCGGCCCCGCGGAAUUUGGACUUCCACACCCCCACCCACCGCAUGUGGCUCUUGGAGAAAGCUGGCUGCAGGGUAAGGACCGCGGAGCCCAGGGCUUGGUGGGCGCCCUCCAGCCUCUUCUCUAAGCGCCGCUCCCAGGGCCCGCGCGCGCGCGCCUGCCCCAACGUCCUCACCCCCGACCGCAUCCCGCAGUUUUUCAUCCCGCCGCGGCUUCCAGACCCGGGCGCGGCCGAGGCCCUGGCCGGGCGCUGCCUCCCCUCGGUCUGUUCGCUGCCACACCUGGCGGGCCGCGAAGGCUGGGCCUUCCUGCCCGAGAGCCCGCAUACACGCCGGCGGGAGUCACUGUUCCACCCCCCGCAGCCCGCCCCCGCCGGGGGCUUUCCGCCGACCCAGGCCCGGCUGCACGCCUCCGCGCCGGACCUGCGCCUGUGCAGGGCCCCCGACAGCGACACGGCGUCGUCGCCGGAUUCUUCACCCUUCGGCUCGCCGCGGCCAGGCCCCGGCCGGCGACGGCCGCCCCGGCCGCACUCGCUGUCCCCGGAGGAGGCGAGCUCCGCCGACACCAGCCCGUACGCCCCGCGCCGCGCGGGGCCGCCCACGCCGCCGCUCUUCCACCUCGACUUCUUGUGCCGCCAGCUGCAGCCAACCAAGGAGAGCGUACUGCGUCUGGGGCCCCGCGGCGGGCAGCUGCGGCUCUCUGCGGAGUACCAGGCCGGGCCCCGCAGGCUGCGGCUGCGGCUGGUGAGCGCCGAGGGCCUGCCCAGGCCGCGGGUCGGCGCGGGCAGCGGCGGCGGCGGCUGCUGCGUGGUGCUGAGGCUGCGGCCGCGCGUCCGGCCGCGGGGCCAGCGGAGCCGCGCGGUCAAAUGCAGUGCCAACCCCAUCUUCAACGAGGACUUCUUUUUCGACGGCCUGGGCCCUCCGGACCUUGCAGCGCGCAGUCUGAGAGCCAAAGUGCUGGACCGGGGAGCGGGACUCCGCAGGGACGAGCUGCUGGGGGAGUGCGAGGCGCCCCUUACUGCCCUGCUGCCUCCCCUGGGUGGGGGGCCAGGGCCGGGGGCUUCCUCAGCGCCUGCGCAUCUCAGCCUGUAGACGAGACAGUCUACCUUAAGAGAUCACUGGCUCUGCAGUCUUCAUCCUUUCCCCCUGCCCAGCUUGUAUCGGCACCCUACGCUCUGCGAUCUGCAGCCUACCCUCUUCCCCUGCCCUGGCCAUCCGAGGGAUGGAAGCAGCUCAUUCACAUUGUCUGAGUUAGAGCACACUUUUAAGGAGUGGUUCUCAAACCUGAAGGGCCGUCAGAAUAACCAGACAAUGGAAAUCCUGGAUGAGCUUGUUAAACAUGCAGAAUCCUGGGGUCCAUCCCCAAGAUACCCUGGAUGCUAGUCCAGUAGGUCUAGGCUGGGUAGGUCCUAGGGUCCCUGUCCCACAAGGCGUCCCUGUCCACCUCUUCAGGAGACCCUCCAAUCACUGAGUCACUCCAGAAAAGGCUCUGUGACUGAAGCCAAUGGAAGCCUUCCCCUGAGGUUGUUUUUAGGAUGCACUUCCCCCCACCUAUCCACCUCCCUACUCACGCUCACAUCUGCCCUGACAGGAUGAAAUUUCUGUGCCUUGGGAGAGGGUCAGGGGUUGUCAGAUUAGCCCAUGGUGCCUCUAGGUGUCCUCGCUAUCCCUUCUACGCUUGUGCACCCUAGGAGGCAAAGCUGGAGCCAAGAGCCAGAGCGGCAUUUGGUACUGAACGACCUAGAUAUAAAGUCCCAGGGAUGGAGAUCUCUGGGGAGGAGGGGGGUCCUACCACAGUGUGAGAGCUGUUAUCAGAGAGGCCCAGAAAAGGCUAUCCUGGUGAGUAGGGGGAAGGUAUGGAAGGCAGAUAAAUGUAGGUCAGAUUAUAUUUACCUGAAUGUCCCUGACGUCAACAGUGACCUUCUCUCUCUCUACCUUCCUUGGAGCUGAUUCCUCUUGGCUCAGGCCAAGCUUGGA